AUGGCGGCUCCCAGCAGAAAGCAGAUUUUAAGGUUUCUCAGCCAGCUGGGAGCGUUUAUUUUGACCCGGUUUGGAUUUUGGAACUGCUUCAGCAUGUUGAUGCUGUUUGCUGAGCGAGCGGACUCAAAAAGGAAGCCCGACAUCCAUGUGCCAUACCUGUACGUGGACAUGGGGGCUGCAGUGCUGUGCGCCAGCUUCAUGUCCUUCGGGGUGAAGAGGAGGUGGUUUGCGAUGGCCUCUGCCGUACAACUGGCCGUCAGCACUUACGCAGCAUAUGUUGGAGGACAGGUGCACUACGGGGACUGGCUGAAGGUACGAAUGUAUUCCAGAGCGCUGGCCAUCAUUGGAGGCUUUCUGGUUCUGGCCAGCGGGGCGGGGGAGGUGUACAGACAGAAACCUCGCAGCAGGUCCCUGCAGUCCACAGGACAGGUUUUCCUGGGAGUUUACCUCAUCUGCAUGGUGUACUCCCUCCAGCACAGCAAAGAGGACCAGCAGGCCUAUCUGAACCACAUCGUGGGAGGAGAGGUCACUCUGAUCCUGCUGCAGGUGCUGUUUGGGGUGCUGGCUCUGGCCUUCAUCUCUGGCUACUACGUCCGCCUGGCCGCACAGAUCCUGGCCACCACCCUGCCCUUGGUGAUCCUGCUCAUCGACGGCAAUCUGGGCUACUGGCACCACACUCGCAAGGUGGAGUUCUGGAACCAGAUGAAGCUGAUUGGACACAACGUGGGCAUCUUCGGCGCCGUGCUGAUCCUGGCCACUGACGGUUGAACCCUCCGGGCUCCCACGGGGCAAACUUUACAGACCGAGGUGUCUGCGCAGGAUGCGGUCGUCGGCCUCGGCGCCAGAGCCGGACUUUGUCCUCAAAGCUGCCGUCGCUCAGUGACCUCAGGAUUCAAACACUCCAGGCUUGAGACUGUUGGAUGUAAGCGCCGUCGAUUGUAUUUGCGCACCAGUUGGUAUCUUUUUUGCUUUUGCAAGAAAAAGAGAAAGGAAAAAACACACGCUUCCUUUUAUUUGCAAUUUAAUAAUGUAUUUAAAUUCAUGAUUACAUUUUUGUAUCUGAGGCUCUGCAACAGGAGGCUGAUGUUAAGUAUUGAUACCGUUUGUCUACAGAGAAUAUACCGUCUACUCCAAAACAGUCUUAAAUGGGUAUAAUGUUGCACGGUAUGUGGUUUAAAUCUUUUGCAAAUAAAGAGAAGCUUAACAAUUAACUUUUGGCAUUUUGUGCUAUAGUACAUUUGUGAAUUUCUCUCAAUUUAAAGAACAUUUACUGCUCGGAAAACAAUGAUUAUGAACAUAUGUGAGUAUGGCAAUGGAAGUACAGUCACUUCAAGCUGUGCAGGACCUUUGACCUCCAAUCACAUGCCAAGUCAACAAAUGUAUUUUCCUGAUCAGUUACUGGGUAAAUUUGUUUUGCCAUUCAGCCCAAUAUUUAGUGGUCCCAUAUAUACAUUCAUUUGGUGGAGAAACGGGAAAGAAGUUACAAGCAUUCCCGCCACUCGAUGCGUACGACUUUGCAUCUGUGGUCAUGUACUUAACGUCAAUCACCCGACGGCCAUCAUCAGACUCAUGACACUUAUAAAAUCUUUUAUAGCAUACUCGACUGACUUGUGACUUUCGUCGACAUUUAUAUAUAUUUUUUGUAUGCCACACUAUGAUAAGGAUAUGUCAUAAAUAAGUCAGAUAAAAACAUCCAUGACAUUUAAAUGGCAAACUAUGGUAUCUUUACAAGAUUGUGUUUUCCAGCUUGUUAAAUAAAACUGGAAUAAACUUUG